AUGGCUCCCAACGUCGGCCUUGGAACUCAAGGCUCAGUUGAGCGUGGAUGGGGCCUCUGGCUCACCAGCGUCUUAGCCGUCAUUGUCGCGGGUCUCUUUGUCGCCGGACGCCUUGCACAGCGAUUGACCAAGCGAAGUGGUCUGGGAAUGGACGACUACAUGAUCGUCGCUGCCUUGAUAUCAUCGGUCGUGCUCUCUGUAACAGAGUGUCAAGCGGUAGUCUAUGGCUACGGAAGACCAUGGAAAUCCUUACCCGCCGAUUCCCGCAUCAUCGCUCGCCAAUGGUUCUACGGAGCAAACAUCGUCUACAAAGUCGUUCUGAUGUUCAACAAGAUCUCUGUAGUUUGUCUUUACUACCGAAUCUUCGCCAUAACCACCAAGUCGUUCCGUAUUGCUUGUCACAUCAUGAACGCUUGGAUCAUCAUCACCGGCUUCGCAUUCACUAUCGCGACCGUGUUCCAAUGCACACCAAUCGCGGCCUUCUGGGACAGGACCAUACCCGGUGCCCGGUGUUUUAAGAAUGAACCCUGGUGGAUCUCCUAUGCGACGGUUCAAAUUACGACCGACUUUAUGCUGCUUGCGAUGCCUUUUCGGCAGAUCUUGAGUCUUUCUAUGGGACGGGCUGAAAAGUUGGGCGUGGCGCUUGUGUUUGGCACUGGAGGCUUUGUCACUUUCGCGUCUAUAUAUCGUGCCACCACAAUCGCACGAUCCGCAAACAACCCCGAUCCAACCUGGGGUCCCGUACCCGCGACAAUAUGGUCGGUGAUAGAAGCAAAUGCGGGUAUCGUAUGUGCUUGCCUUCCUAUGCUGCGCGCUCCAUUCGUUCGCUUUUUCGGGCCACUUUUCGGCUCGGGCAUAGGCACCAAGAACACUACGAAGCGUCAAUCGUAUCCCAUGGGCUGGAAGAGCAACCAUGGGCCGGCUGGAACCGGCAACAAGAGCAACGUGUCUGGCAAAAGUGCCUCUGAGCGAGAAAGCGAAGACGAUGCACUGCCAGCGAGUAGGCUGGGCGAGCUUGAUCGCCGGGGCAGUGGUAUAUUUGUCACGAACGAGUUCAGUAUUGAGCGCAACGAGCUACAAAAGCAAGAGACGGACACAAGGUCGUGCGACCAAGACGGCGAUACGAAUACGGCGGUGAGCGUCAAUGAAGAGAAGCCGGGGGGGAAGAGCCCAUUCUACCAUGUUUGA